UUCAGUAUUCUUGCGCGCGUCCAUCUCGAAGGUGCACGGUCUGUCGCUGCUACCAGUUCGCCUCUUUGCAUCUCCUUUGAGUGCUGUCAAUAGGGAGAUCUCUUUGAUCCUCGAUCGGAAGAUCGCGAAGAUAAGGGGAAGAGAUCCAGGAAAUCAAUUAUCGAUUUUCGCUUACUCUCUUUGGGGGGGUUCACGAAAGUCCCUCGAGGAGAAUUUUUUAUCGGCAUUUCGGACAGAAACGAAAAUAAGAGGCUUGAUAGGGGCCUUUAGCAGAUGAUCGCCGACUUUGCGAUCUUUAAAGGGAUCUGUUUGACAAGCUCCUAAGUAAACGGAUUUUGGAGUGACGCUUGAAGAGGAAAUCUAUCUUAUUUCCAGUGUGUGUCAAUCCUGGAAAGAUAGAUGUAAUCUCUACUUUCACAGACUCUUCAAGAUAUCCUCGAGCCUUGAUCCUUAUUAUUGUACACAUCGAACUUGGAACUAGCUAAAUAUAUUUCGGUCAAGACUUUUUUAGUGGAGGAAAUGACACGGACUUUGAUAACGGGAAUUACUUACUAGCCUCUUUGUCGAGUUUAUGUUGACGAUCAAGAUCCUGGUUUAUCAAAGAUUCCUCGAAUUGCCGAUGAUUUCCUCAGCCGAACGUACUUCGAUAAAAUUCUUGAAAUGGUUGCAAUACCUCGAGACGAAGCGUGCGGAUAAGUACAUUUGAUAGAGACAUUUGAUAGAGACGAGAACGAACGUGUUGUUCUUGGCGCGAGGUAUCACGUCAAUGUUACACGGAAGACGAGCAACAUCGUCGGCUGGAUGAGAGAAGACUUCGUACUUUGAAUCGCGAGGGGAAAGUCCAGCUAAUAAGCAGCUAGCAUAACAAUGGUCGUCAACAAGAUCAACAUGUCGUCGUAUUCCGCGCCGCUACGUACCUUCUUCUCGGGGUUUCACACUAAGAUGUCGGAGUUUCCAGUGGACGGAAGCGAGAACGGGGACAUGCAUACCGUCAUGGAGAACUUCCAAAAGAAGAACAAUCUGGUGACGGGCAGGACGCACCACGUCACCCAUCAUCCGCAGGUCACCACCACAUCGUCGCAGAUGCUGACGACAAACCAGAGCCAACGCCAGAGUAGCAGCACCAGUACCAGCAGUAGUAGCAGCAGCAGGGUCAAGUCCUCGCAGAGGAUCCUCUCCACCUCGUCCUCGUCGAGUGAGAUGAAAGCGAGCUCCAUGAAGAGCGAUCUGACGGAACUCAAGCGCGGCAUUUCGGAGAUGAAGAACAUGUCGACCAACUUUUCGCAACGGCUGCGAAGCAGUAUGGAGAACCUCGUGGACAGAGAUGGCAAUGGACCGGAAGAAACCAAUCUCACGGAACCGUUGGUGACUUUUCCGGAUCCGGAUACGCCGCCACCUGUCAGCGACGCUGUCACUUUGACGGGCGGUUCUCCAUCCCAGUUGAGUUCUCUGAAUUCCCUGAACAAUCUUCAUCAUGGUAUAAAUCAGCCGAUAAACAUACCUAAUAUAGCAAAUCUACCUGCUGGUCAAGAAACUAUGAAGUUUGAACAGAAGAAAAUGACCAGCGCCUCUAAAACAAAGGUUGUCACGGAUGGAUUUAGCGCCGAGAAGGCGACGGCCAACAGCGCCGAGAUGAGGGCUUUGCAAGCUGGCGACGUCUCGUACAAGGAGCAGAGCGCCGCGACGGCGGCGAGAGCGCGUGUCGAGCUCGAUGGCGUCUCGGCAGAGAAGAGUGUCGCUGCCGCGAGGGAACAGAGAAGCUUGAAAGCUGGCGAUCUAUCGCAUCAGGAGAGCAACAAUAUGGCAGCGUCUACGAUAAAACUCCACAGCGAUUCGUUUACUUCUGAAAAGAAAGCGAUGGCGGCGCAGCAGCAACGACAAACAGUCACGUCGACCGGCAUCUUCAACCACGAGAAACACAUGGAGUCAAGCUCGCAGUCAAGCAUCACGAUCGCGUCCAAGUCUGGUGUGAGCGCAUCCAAGAUGAUCAGCGCAGCGAGUGCGGUGAAUCAACUAAUGAAUGGUAUGCGACCACCAACGGCCGAGGACGAGCUACUGUGCCUGCCACUAGACGAUCUCGACCUGCUGUGUUCCAAGUCAAAUCCGCAGGACGUGGACUGCGCGAUCACCAAGUACUGUAGCUUGCUCGACAAUUUCGUGGAGCGACUGAAGGCGAACGUCGAUGGCUGCAGCAAGAGCAGCAGCGUCAGUUGCGGCAACAAGGCACCCCAGUUGCUAAAUAGGGUGAACGAGAUCAUCCGAAAAGCUUGGGCGGUACCAACGCAUGGUCACGAAUUGGGCUAUACUCUGUGCAACACCCUGAGAAUGCGCGGCGGUCUCGAUCUCCUAAUGUCGAACUGCGUGGCGAACGAUCACGAGUUGCAGUUCUCGUCGGCGAGGCUGCUGGAACAAUGUCUGACUACGGAGAAUCGCGCUCACGUGGUGGAGAACGGCCUGGAGAAGGUGGUGAACGUGGCGUGCGUGUGCACGAAGAACGCCAAUUCGGUAGAUCACGCGCGCGUCGGCACUGGGAUCCUCGAGCACCUGUUCAAGCACAGCGAAGGCACGUGCAGUGAUGUGGUCCGGUUGGGCGGUCUGGAUGCGGUGCUGUUCGAGUGCCGAAAGAAUGACGUGGAGACGCUACGACAUUGUGCGGGAGCGCUCGCGAAUCUAUCAUUGUAUGGCGGCGCCGAGAAUCAGGAGGCGAUGAUCAAGCGGAAAGUACCGAUGUGGCUGUUUCCGCUCGCCUUCCACAACGACGAUAAUAUUAAGUACUAUGCCUGUCUGGCGAUCGCUGUAUUAGUCGCCAACAAGGAGAUCGAGGCGGCCGUGCUCAAGUCCGGUACCCUCGACCUCGUCGAGCCGUUUAUUACGUCGCACAACCCCUACGAGUUUGCCAAGUCGAACCUGGCGCACGCUCACGGCCAGAGCAAGAACUGGCUGGAGAGGCUCGUACCGGUUUUGAGUUCGAAACGAGAAGAGGCUCGCAAUCUAGCGGCCUUCCACUUUUGUAUGGAAGCGGGCAUCAAGAAGAGGCAGGGCAACACCGAGAUAUUCCGGACGAUCGGCGCGAUCGAGCCAUUAAAGAAGGUCGCCAGUUGUCCUAACGCAAUCGCGUCCAAAUAUGCGGCUCAGGCAUUAAGAUUGAUCGGUGAAGAAAUUCCGCACAAACUCAGCCAACAAGUACCCUUGUGGUCUACCGAGGACGUUCGCGAGUGGGUGAAGCAAAUCGGCUUUGCUGAGGUCGCGCCGAACUUUGUGGAGAGUCGAGUGGACGGCGAUCUGUUACUGCAGUUGACGGAGGAGAAUCUGCGAGAGGACAUUGGCCUGACAAACGGUAUCAUGCGCCGGAGAUUCGCUCGAGAGCUGCAGAAUCUGAAGAAGAUGGCCGACUAUAGCAGCCGUGACACUGGUAAUUUGAAUAGCUUCCUGCAAUCAAUCGGCCAAGAGUUUUCUAUUUAUACGUACAGCAUGUUAAACGCCGGCGUGGACAAGGAUUCGAUACGCAAUCUCUCGGAGGAUCAGUUACUGACCGAAUGUGGCAUCACCAAUAGCAUUCACCGACUUAGGAUACUCGAUGCCAUCAAGAACAUGCAGCACAAUCAAUUCAGCUCGUGCGAGUACGAAUCGCCAGACAAGUCGCUCGACGUGUUUGUCAGUUAUCGCAGAUCGAACGGCUCGCAGUUGGCGAGUCUAUUGAAAGUGCACCUGCAGCUGCGCGGUUUCUCGGUAUUCAUUGACGUUGAGAGACUCGAAGCCGGCAAGUUUGACAACAAUCUAUUGCAGAGCAUCAGACAGGCUAAACACUUCCUCCUUGUGCUCACGCCUUCAGCCUUGGAAAGAUGUGUACAGGACAGCGAGUGCAAGGAUUGGGUUCACAGGGAGAUUGUUGCUGCAUUGCAAUCGCAAUGUAACAUAAUCCCUAUCAUUGAUAACUUUCAAUGGCCGGAACCUGAGGAACUUCCCGAGGACAUGCGAGCGGUUUGUCACUUUAACGGUGUCCGCUGGAUUCACGACUACCAAGAUGCCUGCGUAGAUAAAUUAGAAAGGUUUAUGCGAGGCGAGAUACCUGCAAGAUCUGAGCUAUCCGCCGGAAUUCCGCGCAGCAUGGCGCCCAAGGACGUAACCCAGCCGAGCACACCGGGCAACACGAAUAUACGACAGCCGCCUAACUAUCAGCGGAUGCAUAGCAACGAGAGCAGGGGCAGCGAUAAAGAUUCCACGUGCGGACGAGACUGACUAGAUGGCCCGCCCACAGCCAUACCGAGCAGGCUUAAAAAGUCGUCAAGUCCAUCCCGUUGGUUGAUGGGCCUACCACCCACAUCGCCGCGGUUCAAAUUCAUGCACGCGCAUUCCGGAAAUGCCAGUGGUGUUUCGGCAGUACCUCGCAGACCGCCAAGGCAGCCUUCUUCGCCAUCGACGCGUUCCCGUUCUUUGGAACUGCUGGAUCAG